UGCGCAUGCGCACGCCGCAGGCCGCGCGCCGGAAGGACCGCCUCCUCCAGGCCAACAUGGAGGAAGCGCUCGGGUCUCCGAGGGCGGAGGGAGCGGCGCCCGAGGUCGCCAUGGCUACCGAGCCGGUGGCCGUGGAGUCCGCGGCGCCGUCACUUGUGGAUCGUUACUUCACUCGCUGGUACAAAGCGGAUGUCAAAGGAAAACCCUGUGAGGACCACUGUAUACUACAGCACUCUAACCGAAUAUGUGUCAUCACAUUGGCAGAAUCUCAUCCAGUUCUUCAAAGCGGAAAAACAAUUAAAAGCAUUUCCUAUCAAAUCAGUACCAACUGUAGCAGACUUGAGAACAAGGUCUCUGGGAAAUUUAAACGGGGAGCACAGUUUCUAACAGAACUUGCACCGCUGUGUAAGAUUUACUGCUCAGAUGGGGAAGAAUAUACUAUAUCUAGCUGUGUUAGAGGACGGCUGAUGGAAGUGAAUGAAAAUAUUCUCCAUAAGCCUUCUAUUCUUCAGGAGAAGCCAUCCACUGAAGGUUACAUUGCAGUUGUGUUGCCCAAAUUUGAAGAAAGUAAAAGCAUAACCGAAGGGUUACUGACACAAAAACAAUAUGAAGAAGUUGUGGUAAAACGCAGUAAUGCCACAACAGCCACAUCGUGAGGACUAAGAUGGCACAUGAAAAGCAACGCAGCAUUCGAUUCGUGCACUGAAGAAGUACCACCGUAUGGCAGAAGCAUACUCCGCAGCCAGCCUUCUGCAGGGAAGCCUGUGUUUUUUUCCCCUUUCUCUUGCAAGACAAGCCUUGGUUCCCAUUUGUCUUUAGCUUCUCAGAUCUGCCCUGCCAUGGACCUAGCCUGCUCCUCUUUUGCUUUUCUCUUUCUAAAAACUGACAAACAACAUUUCUAAUUAAAAACAAGCAGAGCAUUUUGGGGGAAAUUUGGAAAAGACACAAGUUUUAAAGUAGCAAGUAAAAAUAAUCUACCCAUGCUAUAACUCAUUAGUAAAUACUACAUUUUGACAUACUUCUGUUUAAAUGUUAUGGCAUGGUUCAUUGUUUUUGCUCAUACUUCCAUCAGUUUGACGGUAAAGGAAACAACAGCUGACCUCUCUUACCCAGUGUGCUUCAGUGUGACACUACCAAAAGGUCUGGUCCCACCCCUUCUGCCCCAAGUCCUCUGCAGGCUAUAGGAAGAGGCUGAGUGUAGAUGUACCUUCUCUAGUCUUUAUGCCGCAGGAUGGCCUUCCUCUCUGAGACAAAGUAGAACUCUAACGCUGUGGCUUCUAUGAGGGACAAUGUGAAAAGGCUUUGAAAAAUGCAAAGGGCUUUCCUAAUUUAUGGAAGCAUUAUAAUACAGUACAUACAUUAUAGUCACUCUGUAACAGUCUCACACUACCUACAGGGUAACAAGAAAGAAGUUACCGUAAUUCAAAGACAGAGGCCUUUGACUAGAACAAAAGCUUUCACAUCAUUUGAACUAGAAAACAAAACUGAAUUUAUGUUUUAAGAUUGUAUACUUAUUCAUACUGAAUUUUAAAUAAAAGACUUUAAAAUUGUUAUUUUUUUUAAGGGCCGAAACAUGUAUGUUUAAAUAUUUGUUUUUAAAUCCAAACAAUAGUACAAAAGAAAUCAAUUGACAUGUAAAUUCCUUUGGUUCCCUAUCUUCUGCUGUAGAAGUCAUAAAUCAUCCCUUCCCCACCCCCACUUGAACUUAAAUAAGAGAAUAUUCUCAUUUCAGGUCUGUAAAAGUAUUUUGUAAAUAAAAUUGAAAAAUUA